GCAAAUGCCGAAGCAGAGAGAUUCAUGCGAACUUUAAACAAGGCAAUUAUCACGGCACACACUGAGCAGCUCAAUUGGAAACAGCAGCUGUAUCGUUUCCUGCGCAACUAUCGCGCAACUCCACACGCAAGUACCGACAAAACACCCGCGGAACUAUUUUUUGGAAGAAAGAUGAGAAUAAAAUUGCCAGAAGUUUUCCCAACUGUUGUUGAUUGUGACCUCAGGUGUAAAGAUGCGACCGCUAAAAGAAAAAUAAAAGAAUAUGCCGAUGACAGAAACAAUGCGAAACCAGCUACAUUUCAGAUUGGAGAUGAUGUGCUAGUACGACAGCGAAAGCGUAACAAAUUCUCGUCGUACAACAAUCCCAUACCAUACCACAUAGUUGCACAAAAAUGCAGCAUGAUUACAGCUGAAAAUGCGAAACACAAGAUAACAAGAAAUUCAUCACAUUUUAAGAAGAUAACACGACGGUCCACUCGUGGAUCCACUACGAAUGACGAUGAUGGUGAAGACGAGGAUAUUCCAAACAGUGAUAUUGAAGAACCAGGGAUACAAGAACAACCACAAAGACGAUAUCCUUUAAGAUUAAAUCGGGGACAGCCCCCUAACCGCUUUAGUGUACCACAGUAG